CUUUAAUAAUGAGUCGAGGUGUCACCGAUGAUUGCACAUUUGCCAACGAAAGAGAUCAAUUUAGAUCUACCAUCCCACCAGCAUCAUGCCUUCAAACGCAGGCCGCUCAUCAGCGGCAUCCUCAAAGACAUCCGCAUUAGGCUCGAAGGGUCCGACCACCCAGGUCGAAUUCGGAGAUCAGAAGGUCGAUGUGCCCCAGGGCGGUUACUACGACCGUUAUCGCAUGAACCCAAACCUGGACGAGGUCGCCCGCGAUCCAGCCGUGGGACCUGACAUUGACUUCUUCCGGAACAUCCCAAAGAAACUGGUCGAUUCAAGAGUCGGUCAGAUAUACGCACCCAACUUCUAUUACCGCACGAGGAGCGUCCAACUCAUCUUCCUCGCGCCUCUCGACCGCUUGCAGUCAAAGCUACCGUCACCCUUGGAGCCUAUCACUGCGUUGCCCGGUUACGGGUUGGUCGCGUUGACGUUUUACUCGUACCUCGUCUGCGACAACGACCCUUACAACGAGGUCUCCAUCGCCAUCGUCGUCCGGCAACCGGGUAAUAAUAGUUACAGUACGACCCAACUGCUUAGCUCUGUAUGGAACCGAACCUUCUACGGAUACGUGUUGGCUCUACCCGUCGAUACCGAGAUCGCUCGAGUACGAGGUGUAUACGGAUACCAAUUCCCCAAAUGGCUCGCCAACAUCAGUCUGGAGAUGGACGAAGACAACAUCAAGGCUGACCUGACUGCGACCGAUGGGACCCCCGAUUUGACGCUGGACGUCCCCCUUCCGGCCCUGACGACCAUUCCGUCCCGAUCUUCGAUCGCAACUAACAACGCGAUCAACAAGAUUGACGGGAAAUGGUACCAGGUGACGGUUCAAACCAACCCACUCCUGGCGGCACAAAGUCUUCUCCCCGGGAACGUCACGCUCUCUCGGAGUGAUGGUCCAUUGAGUAAACUCCUCAACGAAUUGAGCGUUUCGACCAUCCUCCGGAUGGACAUCAUCAAGGAUGCGCAGAUGGUCCUGAACAUGCCUACACCAUUGAAGGCGUUCGAGUAAUGUCCAGUCUUGAAGAUCACUUUACGAACCAGCCGUCAGUUAUGCGACGAUGAUGCUGACUGUACUGUAUGGCUGCCCGUUAACGAUGACUCGGGGCGGGCUGAGAUUGUGAUAUCUCCGGAAUGCUUUGUAUCAGAGACUUUCGCAUGACAGGCAUUAUACGACAAUUAUAAUCACGCACAUUGGAGAAGAAUGUAUUGCGUUACAUAGUACCUGUGGGGGACACACCGUGGAGUAGGGAAUAAUGAUACGUGAUGUUUGGGAUUCCUCAACGCUCUUCAAAUAUUAUGUCUUAUAUUUCUGAGUUAGUUAC